CACGGGAUCAAAUUUGAUCGUUUAAUUAACUGAUUGCCUGUGGUAUCAUCGUAUGGUGAAAUGCGAAAAGAGAAUGACUAAAGAAAGAAUACUUGCAUCAUCAACAAACAAUAUUAUUGAAAUAAUUUCACCUCAAUAUUGGAUGUCAUUCGAAUUUUGGCAUGGCAGGUAUCUGUGCAACAAUUCAUGGCGGUUCUUUCAAGAUUUCCAUUUUCGCGGACAAAGCUACUGCUAGGGAAUUCAUAGGAGCAGCGGCUGUAGUCUCAGUCGCACUGAGUGGAAUAUAUGCGUUUUACAAGUAUAAAUCACGUGGACAGGAAUUGGAGCAUGCUAUUAAAAGAGGCCUUGGUGGCGAAAGAGAAGAUCAGAGAGUUCGCGAUAUACGACCAGGAAGUCUUCGCGUCUCCCUGGAUUGCGUCACGGAUAAAAGAUUUCUCGAGGUUUUAGAAGAUUUUAAAUCCGGAAGAAUGAAAGAACGCCUGAACAAAGAACUUACAAGUUUUGGUUUGGAAAUUGAGGGAUUGGAGGUAAAAAUUGAGAAUAUCGAAGAAGUAGAAGAAAGAGCAGCAGCCAUUAAAAGCAAAAUGGGAAAAACUGGGAAUGGAAAUGCACAAGAUAUAACAACUGAUUUAAAUUCGAAGGAAUCAGAAACGUAUAAGAAAUCGCCAGAUGUAGGCGGAAAUAGUGAAGAGAGAAACGACUUACCAAGGGAAGCGAUCCCUGGCGAUCUUUCAAAACAUUCACCUCCAGCCUUAAAAAGGGAGAAAGGUGAAAUGGAACAGUCUGACCAAUCUUCAGAAGCAUCAACAAUCUCUCAUGCCACCGUUAAGAUAACAAACACAAGGAAUGAGAACGCACAAACACCUACUCAAAAAUACAGUUUAAAACAUGCACGAGCAAUCGAUAACCACACAUAUAGCGACAAACAAUUAACAUCCAAACCAGAAAUGUUUAAUUACAUUAUUAAAUCGUUAAUGAUAGGUAAUUACCCAGUAAGUGAAUUAAGAAUAAAACCGCAAAUUUCAAAUGAUUGUGAUUCAAGUGAAAGUGACGAAGAGGACCUUGGAAGAUUCAAUCCUAUGGAUGCAAUACUUGAUUUAUUUCAACGUUCUGAUGAUUCUUUGAGACGUUAUCUCGUCAAUAAAUUAUCUGCGCGUCAACUCAGCGUCCCUUUUCUUCUCCCUGACCCCGAAGCACCUACCGUCACAAUUCUGUUAUCAGCGUUAGAGAACAUCACUAAGUGCUGGAAAGAUGGGACCAGCACAAAACAAGUGUUUGCGACAGAACAUCCAUUUCCAGUGGUUUCUUUUAUCCGAAUUGGCGAACCUACCAUGUCCAAAUCAUUGUUGAUUAACAAAAUCAUGAGUGACGGAGACAGUUACCAUGACUACUUCUUCCACAAAGACAUGAAAGGUGGCCAUGUUGAAAGAAAAUUCGUGGAUGGUUUGGUUGAGUUAAUUUGGUUUCUUCCUGGAGGGAGUGAGAAACAAACAUUACGAAGUGAAAUUUGUUUUGCAAAUCUUCGCGGAGAUGCCAAAAGUUUAAAGAAGCAGCUUGACGUCCUCUUAAAGAUUUCCUCCGUGUUAUGUAUCUUAUUACCUUCUAUUUAUCCAAACGAAACCGACAAAACCAUCCCGAAAGAUUUUUUGCAAGAAGCUUUAAUGCGUUUUAAAGGAAAAAUCAUCCUUAUUUUUAACGAGGAAAUACAACAAACUAAUGCGAAAACAUAUUUCGAAAAUUUGACCCGUGAAAAGUUCCUCUUGAUCACGAAAGCGGGAAAAAGGAAUGAAGAACGAUUCCUCCAGGAAAUAAGGAAAAAAAUGCAGAGAAAUAUAAAUGGGGGGGAAAAAUCACCUCUUGUACAGCUGCGAUCACAUCUACGCGACGCUGACAUUUGCUUUGACGAUGUUUCCUAUCAAAUUAAAUUGGAAUGGCUAAUGAAAUUGGAAAUUGAGAAGGCUAAACCUCUUCUGAAAUUGCAAACACAUAUUCCACAAUUAGCCGAAUUGGAGCGCAAAAAAUAUUGUCCAAAAUCUAGCAGCAAUGACGAUGACAUCAAUGAAAAUAUCCACAACGAGAAGAUGGCUCAAAAAGAAUCCUUCCGGCAGAUGGAUGAAGGAAUUGUCGAGUGUCUGAAUAACAUUACAAAGAGGGAUGAAAGUCGAGGAUAUUUUAACAUGAAUAAGAUAAAACAUCAUUUGGAUAUAAUGUCCAUUCAAACCGUGACUGAAUUCCAAAGCAGCUCUCGCGAAGUUUUGCCCAAAUUUCCAAAGAAAAUAGUGUCGCCAAAGAAGUUGGACAAACAAUCCUCUGAGAUGUCAAAUUUCAAAGAAUCAACAACCAAAUGUUCUUUUGGUAUAGAACACUUCAUCAGAGAACUUGCUCAACUUCACCAGCUGGACGAAAGUAAAUACGACUAUGCAGGUGAUGCUGCGGACAUGUUGCUCUCAGGACAACCUCUUGAGAUACUAGAUGGUGAUUCCUUUUACAUUCCACUGGAAUGGUUUAAAGCCGUAUAUACUAAACUAGAUAAUAAGACGAAUAAUGCUAAGAUAUUUGUCGUUUCGGUUGUUGGAGUUCAAAGUUCAGGUAAGUCAACAAUGUUAAACACGAUGUUUGGUUUAGAAUUCACAGUCAGUGCUGGUAAAUGUACUCGUGGCGUUUUUGCUAGUCUAAUACCUGUAAGUGGAUCGGUUAGGUCUGAGUCAGAGUUUGAUUAUAUUUUGGUCGUUGAUACUGAAGGUUUAACAGAAUCCGCUGAUCACGAGUCACGGGAACAUGACAAUAAGUUAGCGACUUUUACAAUCGGUGUUGCUGAUGUUGUUAUAGUGAAUAUAUUCGGUGAAAAUUACAAUGAAAUAAAUGAAUUUUUGCAAAUAGUAGUCUAUGCUUUUUUAAACAUGAAUGUUGUCGACCAAAAGAAGAAGUUCUGCAAAUUUCUCCAUCAAAAUGUCGUAGCCAUAGAUGCCGGUGAUAUAUUGACCCUAAAACGUUUCAAGCUCAAGAAAGAUCUCAACGAAAUCACAAGGCUUGCAGCUAUAAAAAACAGUUACAAAUGUCAAACACUUGAUGAUAUUUUAUCAUUUGAUGUAAAUGAAGACUUUUUUUAUAUGCCAAGUCUUCUGCAGGGAAGCCGACCAAUGGCUCCAGUGAAUCCUGAAUAUGGAAGAGCAGUUCAGAGGGUGAAAGAAAACAUUGUGAAACAGAUGUGUUCAAAAGAAACUUUAAAACUUUCUUUUUUACACUUUCGCGAAAGGGUCUGCAAUCUGUGGGAAGCAAUACUGACCGAAGAGUUCACAUUUACGAUGCGCAAUAUAAUUGAGAUAAGGGCUAGCAAGUCAUUAGACGAAAAACUAUCCCAUGAGAUCGCGAAUAUAAUAGUUAUAGGAAUGAAAAAGCUAGAAAAAGGUAUCAAGGAAACUCUGGUAGGAUGUAAAACGCGAGAAGAUCGAAUAAAAGAAUGGGAAAAGACACAAGUGGAAGAAAAGAUACAAGUCGAAGCGAAAAAAUUGAAGGAUGACGUCAAAGAGUCGAUGAAUGAAUUUUUUAAAACUAACGAGGACAGGGAAUAUCUUGCAGAGCGGAAACCGGAGGUUAUGAAAGCUAUUGAGCGUCAGGCGGAUAAGGAAGAGUCACAGGUGUUCAAAAAUUGUCAAUUAACCUUCAAUAGGUUACAGGAUUCACAAGAAGUCAAAGGAAACAUAGCGGAAUGGGAAAGUAGUUUGAGGGGUAAAGCUAAGAAACUCGUAUCGUCUAAGCCCGAUAUUGAUGACAAGGAAUUUGCAAAAGAAUGGAAUAGAUGGAUGGAAGAUGUUCCAGAAUAUAAAGAAAGAUACGAUAUCAAUAAGGAUAUGGUGGAAGUGCUUUGCACCACAGAUGCUCUAUUAGAAGUGGAAAUGAGCAAGAAAUUAAACCAACAAGAAAAAACGAUAUCAAACUUUAAAGAAAUUGCUCCAAUAAUUAAUAAUGACCGACUUAUCUGUAACUUCGACGAAAUGGGUACGUUGAAGGACCAGGCAUGGGAGCUAUGCCACUCUGACUCUAAAACCAUCUGGAAGGUCGCUAAAAGAAAAGCACUGCAGUUUGCGGAGGAGAAAUCAAACUUAGGAGCAAGAUGUACACGUGAUGACCUAAAAGAAAUGUACUUUAAGGUGAUCUCGACCAUAAAUGAAGAAACCGAAAGAUCUCCAAUGAAAUUCCAAAAUUCUUUAAAAUGUGAUAUCUUGCUAAAUGUUUUUGCCAAUGCAUGUGAAAUUUUCGAAAAAAUGGAAAAACGUUUCAUUCAAGAACGAGACAUUCGAAGGCAUCUUGAAACUGAACUACGACCUCAGUUAAAAAAAUACGUUGAAAAUGUUCGCGAAAGGAAAACAGAUGAAUAUACAGCUGCGUAUAAGUUUGUUGAAACACUUAAAACUCCAAUUGAAUCAGAGCUGCAAAAAAACAUGGGUCUAAAGGUGGCAGAGCGGAUGUUGAGUAAAGAGAUUUACAGAAGCAAAAGUAAAUUUCAUGCCAAUGUUCUAAUCCAACUUGGAAAGGAAUGUAAAUUCCCAUUGUACGUACAGUAUCUAAGGAACCCAGUUGACUUUCUACGAGCGAAACUAGAAGAGUCAUUUGAAAGCGACUGUAAAAACAGCCUGCUUCUCGAGGAUCAAACAUCUAUUUAUGAAAAGGAGAUCAAGGAGAUAGAAAAUGAAGUUUUAGCAGCUAUUUCAAGUUUUGUGAGCAAAGGGUCGGCUUGGAUUCAGCGAUUUGUAAUCGAGCCUUUAGAAGAUAUCGUAGUUGAUCUAGAAGAUGUUGACGAGUUUCAGGCCGAAGUUGAAAAAUUGAUAAAGGAUUUUGGACAAACGUUAAUAAAUCGCGGGUUGGAUCGUGAAACUAUUCAAAAGUGGGAUCCACAACCGGUCGAGGUCUUAUUUAACAAAAUGAUGGGAUGUCAAAGUCUUUGCCCAUUCUGCAAAGCUUUGUGUGAUCUUAGCGUUGAAAAUCAUUCUGGUAAGCAUUCAACAAAAUUUCAUCGCCCAGAAAGCAUACACAAAGGUUACAAAGGCUGUACAACAAAUAUUUUACUUACUGAAAUUUGCACAGAAAGUGUUGCUGGUAAUGGUCUUUUUCGAAACCCUGAUACACAAGGAAAACUUCAUUAUUACAAAGAAUAUCAGUCAGUUAAUGAUUAUUAUGGAUCUUGGUUAAUUCCCGAAGAUAAAUCAAGUAUGACAUCCAAGUAUUUUCAGUGGUUCAUGGCAACCUUCUCGAAGCAAUUAGCAGAACACCACCGUGCCAAAGAACCCGAUAUUCCAAAAGCAUGGAAACGGAUUACGUUUAAGGAGGCAAAAGCACAAUUGCAACUUGAAUACAACCUUUAA